AUAUGCUCCUCAUUCCUCUCUUGUCUUCUAUGUAACUUAACACACGGGCUUGUUUUCUUACAUAUCGACCUCUCCCUGUGAAUCAAUAUCUCAAUCUCGGACAAGAAUCCCGAACACGACCUGAGACUCUCAAUCACGUGGCAUGCUACCACCCGAACACCCUUGGGGCAAACAUUCGUUCGUCCCAUGAGCUUCGACCCAGACGGAGAAUCCGCUACGAUCAUCGUGACGGCCAGUCAUGACACUCCACCACGCUGCCGCCUGCUCGAAUUACCCGCCGAACUUCGCGAACAGAUUUGGAACCUAGCCGUCUCUGACUGGAUCCCCAUCAAACCCGGUGACGAUGAAGAAGAAGAAGAAGGUGAAGAUGAAGAAGACGAGAGUAACAACUACCCCAGCGAAGAACAAGAAGGAACACAUCAAGACCUCCCUGCGACGUCCUCCGAGAGCGUGUUGACUCUUCUCCGCCGCGCUCCCAUCCGCAUCGACCGCUUCAACCACAUCCCUCCCGCGGCCAUAACCCGAACGUGUUCCCAGAUCCGCUUCGAGACACUGCAGCGCUACUACAACCUCAACCGCUUCGAAUGCUGGCGGCCACGUUUCCGGCGCAAAGGCUGGAUUUACAGCAGCAGUCUGAUCGGCUGGUUGCAACUCCUAGGUCCCGAACAGCGCGGCUGGCUGCGCUCCGUGACCUUGUUACACAAGCCCAAUGAUGACCUCUCUCAUGAUCCCGAGCAGAUUCUCGUGGACGAGGGAUUGCCAUUGCCGCCUGGGGUCCUGAGGCAGAGGCUCUUGCUCUCGGAGUAUGAGCAGUGUUUUGAGCAGUUGGGUCUGCCAAGACAUUUUGGGAAGAAGCGGCCGAAGAGGUAAUGGGGUGGAGUUUCCGGUUCUUGUUCGAGUCUGGGUUUCUUUCCCAAGUGUUUUUCUUCCUACUGUUCAUCCUGGAUAUGUGCUACGAGCGAGAUCAUUUUGGCGAUUAUCUGCAAAAGCGACACAUUCCGUGGCGUUUGUUGGUUGCAUCAUUAUCCUGUAUCGUGCAAAGUUUUAUCAACCUGCCCUGCCCGACCCCCAACACCUCCGCCAGACCAUAUGUACAUGACGCACAUUUGUACAGUAGGACGAAAUGACAAUUUGAUUCAUGAUUCUCUGCCUUUUUGGUGGUUCAUAAGCUGACGGGACUUGUUUACAUCAAACGAAAACAGCAAACCAUUUUCACACCCUUAACCUAGGUGAAAAUUUCACCUCGGCCGGGGAAGUGACGCUUUAGUAUGAGAACAAAAUUUACAUGAGAGACAACCCAUCGCGUUCACAGUCAGCCUUCACUGUCGCGAAAACGACACU